AUGGCACCCAUCGCCAAGACCGUCUGCAUCGCCCUCGCGGCGAUUGCGCUUGCCUCGGUCGGCCCCCAGCAGGCCCAGGCCAACCAGCUCAACACCCGACACGCUUCCGCUGGCGGAAACGCGUACGUCAACCUUCACUCGCACCAGCGCCGCAUGCAGCGCAAGGUGCGCAGGCACGGCAACGGCGCCGACGGCAGCUACAGCACCACCACCAACCAAUCGUCGAGCAGCCAGAGCUCGUCCAACCAGAGCAGCCAGAGCAGCCAGAGCUCCUCGUCGAGCAACCAGAGCAGCUCCUCGUCCAAGUCCAACGAGAGCUCCUCGACCGACGGCAAGGGCAAUACCACCGCCACCAAGGACUCGCAGAGCCAGCAGUCCCAGUCCCAGUCGGCCAACAAGGACCAGUCGAGCUCCCAGGACGCCAGCUCCUCGAACAGCUCCAAGGACGCCAGCUCCUCGAACACCACCUACGGCGAUGGCUCCACCAAGUCGAGCGAGAGCGCCAGCGCCCACCAGGAUCAGUCCCAGGACCACAAGGACGACAAGUCCAGCUCCGCCCAGUCGAGCAGCAGCGACAACAAGCAGCACUCGAGCUCCUCGGUCACCACCGGUAACGGCCAGACCGACUCCAAGAGCAACUCGGGCAAGGAGAACUCGUCGCAGCAGGCCAGCAACGAGUCGGCCGCCUCCAACGCCUCGCACUCGGACAGCACUAAGGACUCGGCCUCGCAGUCCGACUCGGCCAAUUCGGCCCAGGGCUCGUCCAAGGACUCGAAGUCGUCGCAGUCCGAGUCCAAGAACGAUUCGAAGGACUCGAAGUCGAGCUCGUCGUCCAACGAGCAGUCGUCCAAGGACUCGGAAGCCUCCAGCCAGGAGUCCCACUCGAGCGGUGCCAGCUCUGAGGGCAAGCAGGGCAGCAACAGCUCCAGCGGCCACAGCGGCAGCGAAGAGGGCCACCAGGCCGCCAACAACGGCACCGCGAGCGCUGGCGCCUCGGGCGCCCACAACAGCACCUCGAGCGGCAACGUCUCGGGCAGCGCUGGCAGUAGCAACGCCACCUCGACCGACCUGUCUGGUGCUCACAACGCCACCUCGACUGACCACUCUGGCUCUCACAACGCCACCGGCUCUGCCAACGCCACCGACGUCUCGUCUGCUGGCAACUCGACCUCGUCCGCCGGCAACUCGACCUCGUCGAGCGGCAGCGGCAAGGGCUCCACCAUCAAGCUGCCCGAGGACUGCGACGAGAACGAGGGCGGCAAGGGCGCGUCCAACUCUGGCUCUGGCAGCCCGUCUUCGGACAAGCCCAAGGACGGCAAGGGCAGCAGCACAUCGUCGGGACAGACCGGCUCCACCGGCGAGACUGGCUCGAACAACAGCUCCAACGAGUCGGCUUCGUCCAACAACAGCAAUGCUUCGUCGUCGGGCGACCAGUCGUCUUCCUCCAACGGCCAGACCGCUUCGUCGAGCGGCGCUCAGACCGGCGAGGACGACUGCGAGGAGGGUGACGAGUCUGGCAACGGCGCUUCGUCGGGCACCACCUCGGGCUCGGGCUCGGGCUUGGGCUCUGGUUCUAGCUCUGGUUCCAACUCUGGCUCUGGCGUUUCGUCGGGCUCCAACUCGUCUUCCGGCUCCAAGGGUCAGCACUCGUCUGGCCACAAGGGCAACCACGCAUCCGGCUCCAACUCUGGCUCUUCGACUGGUGUGAAGUCUGGCGGCUCGAGCUCCAACUCGGGCUCCUCCAACUCGGUUGACCAGUCGCAGUCGUCGGCGUCGUCGUCCAACGCCGCCUCGUCGUCCUCUGGCAGCAACCACAGCAGCAGCAGCAGCAACGGCUCGUCGUCGACAUCGUCUGGCAACAACAGCGGCUCCUCCGCCGGUGAUGACGAGGAGGACUGCGACGACGACGAGGACUCGCCCGAGGCUGGCGCCGAGGAGGACUGCGAUGACGAGGAGGACAGCACCCCCGCGCCCACCGUCGAGGACGACUGCGAGGACGAGGGCAGCGACAACGCCUCUGGAUCUGCCGCCCCCUACACCCCGCACAAGGCCUCCGCCCCGUCGAAGGACGCCCCGUCUGGUGCUGCCCCGCCCCAGAAGACCCCGACCAAGAGCGGCAACCAGCCGCAGGCCGCCGCUGACAAGCCUGCUUCCAGCUCGUCCACCUCGCCCACGCCCAAGGCCACGCCCAAGGCCAAGCAGUCCAGCACUCAGGCCAAGGGUCAGGAGCAGCAGCAACAGCAGCAGCAGCAGCAAUCGAGCCAGAGCCAGUCGUCUUCGUCGUCGCAGCAGUCUUCGUCGUCCUCGUCGUCGAGCAGCAGCAGCAGCAGCAGCAGCAGCAGCUCGAGCAGCUCGAGCAGCAGCAUCGUGACCGGAGGCUUUGCCACGUUCUACACCCAGAACGGCAACGCCGGUGCCUGUGGCAACUACAACCCGGACACGGCCAUGAUUGCCGCGCUGCAGUCGUCCGAGUACGCCGGCGGCAGCAAGUGCGGCAAGAUGGUGCGCAUCUUCCGCGCCGACAAGCCGGGCGCCGAGGUGGUCGUCAAGGUGGCCGACGAGUGCCCCUCGUGCACCAACCAGCAGUCGAUCGACCUGUCCAAGGCUGCGUUUGAGAAGAUUGCCACCGUCGCCGAGGGCAUGGUCCCGAUCAAGUGGGAGUACCUCUAA